AUCAUCGACAGCCAGGGGCUGGGGCUGGGCACCGAGGGGGACCUGCAGGACAGCCUGCACCUUGAGGAGCACUCGCUGGAGCAGGUGCAGAGCAUGGUGGUGGGCGAGGUGCUCAAGGACAUCGAGACAGCCUGCAAGCUGCUCAACAUCGCCGCGGACCCCAUGGACUGGAGCCCCGGCAAUGUGCAGAAGUGGAUCCUGUGGACGGAGCACCAGUACCGGCUGCCGCAGAUCGGGAAGUCCUUCCAGGAGCUGUCGGGAAAGGACCUGUGCGCCAUGUCCGAGGAGCAGUUCUGCCAGCGCUCCCCCGCCUGCGGUGACAUCCUGCACGCCCACCUCGACAUCUGGAAGUCCGCCGCCUGGAUGAAGGAGAAGGCUGCCCCCGGAGAUGUCAGAUACUGCGGAGGUGACACCGGCUGGGCCGACAGCGAGGUGGACUCGUCCUGCGCCGGCCAACCCAUCCACCUGUGGCAGUUCCUCAAGGAGCUGCUGCUGAAGCCGCACAACUACGGCCGCUUCAUCCGCUGGCUCAACAAGGACAAAGGCAUCUUCAAGAUCGAGGACUCGGCGCAGGUGGCGCGGCUGUGGGGCAUCCGCAAGAACCGCCCGGCCAUGAACUACGACAAGCUGAGCCGUUCCAUCCGGCAGUACUACAAGAAAGGGAUCAUCCGCAAGCCCGACAUCUCCCAGCGCCUCGUCUACCAGUUCGUGCACCCGGUGUGA